AUGGAACUGCGAUCGGGGCGUCGUCUCAGGCGCUCGCCGCCGCCGCAUGGAGCUCCCUCCAGGCGUGGUUUAGGCGGAGGAAUCGACCUCAUCAGCGCCCUGCCCGACGAGAUGCUUCUCCUAGUCCUUGUACGCCUACGUUGCGUCCGUGCCGCCGUGCAGACCGGCCUCCUCUCGCGUCGGUGGCGUGAUCUCUGGACCGGUCUCACCGAUCUCACCUUCCGCUACCUCGACCCCGCCACGAUCAAAGCAGUGCUGGCUCGCUUCGCUGCAUCUUCAACACCGGUGUCCACGCUCGGCAUCCACCUUCGAACGAGAGAGACCGCCUACCACGCCAACUUGCUGCUAUGCGCCGCCGCACUGCUCUCGCCGAGGGAGCUGGUCUUCACCCUCUCGUCGUCAUACAUGGGAGACCUGGACGACAGGAUCGAGCUGCCAUGUUUCAACUGCACCACCUCGAUCAAACUGGACACGGAACGAUUCGGUGUCCGUGUGGCGGACGGCGAGUUCAACUCGCUCGAGAGGUUGUCCCUAUCCGGCAAUAACAACGCCUUUAGCGCCUUGCUACACCGGUGCCACGUGCUGCGCGAGCUCAGCAUUACCGGUUUCGAUUCGCGGCAGCUAUCGCUACCUCCGACGGCGGAGUUCCUCUCGCUUGAGAAGCUGUCGCUCAACGGCAACAUCGUCAACAUUGGUACCAUGCUCACACGGUGUCCGCGUCUGCGUGUGCUCAGUGCCACCUUUCGCGGUGUCGAGCCUUGCUCGAUCGAGGCGGCACUCCUCGCACUCGAAGGGGCAGUGGCACUCGGCCUCGUUGUGUCCCUCCUUGGUAUCCACAUUGAUAGAGGUGGAUACAAUGUCGACGCCAAUCGAUUCUCCUCUCUUCUCCGCGCGGCGACGAGACUAUCGCCACAAGAGGUCGUCGUCACUCACGAGAUAUACGGACACGUCACUAUCGACCUGCCAUGCUUUCAUCGUGCAACUUCAAUCAUGAUGGACUUGCACUACAACAUAUCCUUCACAGUGCAACCGACCAGCGAGUUCUCUGCGCUCGAGAUGUUAUCCCUAUCAGGAAAAUGCAGGGUCUUGGACAUUGGCACCUUGGUCACCUGUUGCCCACGCCUCCGCACGCUAAAGGCAACUGUAGUAGGAAACAUCAUAGUCCACUCGACAUUGUUACAUGAGCUUGAUAUCGAUAGAGAUAUUGACACGGAGUGUCGUGGCAUCGACAUAGUAACUCCCAUGCUUAAGCAACUGCAGCUAAAGGUUCGUGCCGGUGGAGACAUUGGCAUGUCCAUCUCGGCGCCAGCAGUAGAGAAGGUCUUGUGGGAGCGAUGGUAUACAGGGUGGCCUCUUGUUUUUGGUUGUUGGUCGCUCAAGAGGAUGAGAGCGUAGAGACGAUACAGAGAAGCCAUGUAGACAGCUGGGGAGACUCGUGUUCUCAAAUGCAGCAGCUUCCACGCUUUCAUGUCCUAUGCUUGCAGCUAUAUUCCGGUGAUCAUUUGGAUGCACAGCUGAAUUUUGCACCAGAGAUGGAGAAACUACCGGUUACGAACUUCUCUGUGUUGGAGCUAAAUUUUGAAUUAGAUUCACAUGGUUACGGAGCACUUGUGCUGCAUCUGCUUCGAAUGCGUCGAAUUCGUGCCACUACGAAAAGGCUGAAGGUCGUCUUACCAUCUUGGCCCAAGGUAUUUCUCUACCAUGCUUAUAGAUCUUACAUACACAGUUCAUGCUCAAUACAUUUUCUAUAGGCAAUUUUGAUAUAAGGUCUCAACAACGAAGCUGGCGCGUGUAAAUAAUGCAUUGGCAUGCUCAUCAUUUUCUUUAGGGGGGGACGCCAAGCAUGCCUAGGAAAUUGUUCUUGUGAUAUGCCAAAGAACUGGAGCUGCCAAAGUGCCUUCUACACACGUCUUGAAUAGGUGGAGAUCCAUAACUUUGGUGGAAAGGAUAUGGAGUAUGAUUUCUUAAAACUGAUAUUCAAAUGCUCGCCAAGGCUUAAAAGAAUGACCGUCAGGUUGGCAUGGAAAUUUAGAGGCUGCACCACAAUAUUGCACAACAUUUUCUUGGCACAUCCUUCAGUGAAUUGUUAUGGUGAUUUUAGCUACGGUGAACUGGUUCCGCGUGCAUCUAGUUAGCAUGCUCCCUGAUGCCACAAAA